UUGGCACUAUAGUUUCCGCAGUAUAAUACUAACAGUACCGCCAGUACAGGACGUGAACUAAACAAACAGCCCGAGGAUUCAGUCGUAAGAUGACUUCCAACGAUAUCAGAUCUACCACGAAAGAAGCGACUGAGCCAAUCCUGCUCGUGCAAAGGCCUCCAGGUUUUGGAGUCCGACACCUGCAGGCAAUAAUGACAUUUUUCUGCAUGUUUUUAUGCUAUGCCCUGAGACUCAACCUGUCUGUAGCUAUUGUAUCCAUGACUGACAAAACUUCUCGCUCUGGCAUACCGGUUCUGCAAUGGGACAGUGCUAAGCAGGGAAUUAUCCUCAGUUCUCUAUUUUGGGCUUAUAUGGUGCCUCAGAUACCUAUAGGCGAGGUCGCCAGAAAGUACGGCUCCAAAUAUCCACUAUUUGUCGCCACGUUGUCAUGCUCAAUUAUGACAAUCUUCAGCCCUUACAUUGCUCUCAACUUUAGCUGGGUCGUCUUCUGCUUGAACAGAUUAUUACAAGGAUUAGCACAAGGGGUUUUCUUUCCAUGUAUAAACGCUCACACAGCUCAAUGGGCUCCUACACCAGAAAAAUAUAGAAUCUUUACAUUUGUGUUUGUAGGAGCUCAGUUUGGUACAAUGAUAACGAUGUUUGUAGCUGGGUACCUGGCCGCCAGUCCGUGGGGCUGGCCCAGUAUCUUCUACUGUACUGGACUGUGCGGUGUAUUGUGGUCUGUGGUCUGGCUGUUUGUAGGCGCCAACUCUCCGGACUCCCACCCUUCCAUCAGUGAUCACGAGCGUAAAUAUAUAAAAUCCACCCUCAUCAACAACUCGGAAAAUAGCAGCUCAAUGUCGACCCCCUGGAAGGCUGUGGCUACGUCUGUUCCAGUGUGGGCUCUAAUGUUUUGUCACCUGUGUAACAACUGGGGUUUCUGGACCAUAGCUACUAUGUUACCCAGCUACGUCAGUAAAGUGCUCCACUUCGACAUCCAAAGUAAUGGAGUGGUAUCUUCCUUCAUUUAUUUAACGAAAUGCAUUCUCUCAGGAGUAUUUGGUGUAAUUGCUGAUGUCAUACUUGAAAAACAAUUAUUAUCUCUUAACGUGGCAAAGAAAAUAUGGAAUACAAUCGCCCUGUGGGGAGGAGCCGCCGCGUUUGUAGGUUUGGGGUUCACAUCCGACUCCACGACAGCCAUUGUCAUGUUGAUCAUUAUCAUCGGUAUUGGUGCAGCAAUAUACACCGGCUUCUUCUCGAACCAUCUCGACCUCGCUCCGAACUUCGCAGGGCUUCUGAUGGGAAUCACCAACUGCUUCGCCAACUUCCCCGCUAUUUUGGCUCCAAUAGUGGCAGGAUUCAUUGUUGAAGACCAGGAAAACAGAGACCAAUGGAUGAUACUGUUCUACAUUUCUGCGGCUUUUUUCUUUAUAGGAAAUCUAAUUUUUAUUGUAUAUGGAACAACUAACGUACAGCCAUGGAACAAUAUAAAACCCACCAGAAAAGCUAGUUACUCAGAAGAUAAUGAAUUAAACACAUAACAGUUCAAAAAACAUACUCACUGUAAAGUUUUUUGGAUAGUGUGGUAUUUUUAUUUAUUUGUAUUAUUAUUAUAUUUAUUAUUGUGUUA